GCUCAACUUCCGUCAGACUGGACUUUGCGACAAAGUCGUAAGAGGAAACAGUCGACGAUAUCGGACUGAUGGCUGCGGUCGUUCAACAUAAACUAUAGUAGAGACAAUUUAGAUUUUCUGGGGUCGUGCUAUGUCUUCGGGAAUGACAGGACAAACGCCCUGCCUAUCCAGUCGCUGGGAUCAGCCAGCACAGCCUAAAAAGAGUGUCGGAAAUGCUACUCUUCCCGUCGCUUUACCAGGAGUUGUCACCUCUGCUGCUUCAAACAGUCCAGCUUCUCAGCCACCAGAAGCCGAAGAAACGCCUAAGGGGGGAGUUGAGAAAGCAGCAGCAAUGGCUGCUAAAAUAAAUGCCAUGUUGAUGGCGAAAGGAAAACUUUUAACCCCUCCACCAUUACUUCCAAAGGUGCAUAGUUUUAAAGAAAACGCUGGAAGUGCCUGUUUUUGCAAUACUUACAGAGUGAAGCUGUGCUUUGUUUAUUUUUUUAUUCAGAAACCUCCAAGUAUCCCUGUUCCAACCCCCACUGAAGAAAUGGUGGCCACAGAAGUUGAUAUAAAUGAUGUGCCGCUAAAUUGCAGAGAACUUCUUACUAAAGGCAAAACGCAAGAGGAGAUCAGACUGUUUAGUGGGGCGGUUGUCUCAACUAAAGGUCUUUACAUGCCUGAAGCUGAAAAAGGAGGAGGACAAAGAUCUCUGUAUUUACAUGUUCAGGGAAAGACCCAAGAGCAGGUCAAUAAAGCUGUGAUGAGAAUAAAAGAGCUCAUCUCUGAAGAUGUGAAAAGGGCCUCAGCAGCAUCAGGAGGGCAGCAGGUUCCUGUGAUUCCGCCGCUCACUCUUUACCCUCAGCCUCCUCGGCCCGUCAUUCCCACUCCUGUGCCGCGUAUGCCCAGUGCAAACCCUGUGACCGGCCAGGGACAUCGACCAGCAGCUCCUCAUACAGGGAGUUUUGUGCACACAAAGAUUUUUGUUGGCCUGGACCAAGCGCCGUCCUCAUUCAACGUGAAGGAAAAGGUCGAAGGUCCAGGAGGUUCGUACCUGAGUCACAUCCAGACAGAGACGGGGGCUCGAGUCUUCCUCAGGGGGAAAGGGUCAGGUUACAUUGAACAGGCAUCCAAACGAGAGUCUUUCGAGCCUCUUUACGUCUACAUCAGCCACCCAAAUGCAGCUGGAUUAGAGUCGGCUAAAAAGCUCACAGAGAGUCUGCUGGAAACUGUGAGAUCUGAACAUACUCGAAUGGUGACGAUGUACACAGCCACAGGCGCCACACAGUCAUACCCAGCACAUGGAUUCCCAACUAAUAGCAGUUACUCUAACCAGGGGUCCUGGUAUAACUACCCAGCAAAUGGGUAUGCUGGUGGCUAUGCAGCGUAUCCAGGAGCCAGUGGUUAUUGGAGUAAUGCAAAUGGCCCCCCAAGUCAAUCUAACCUGUCGACAACCCCAUCUCCAUCUUCUCAGGCAAUGAUUCAGUAUCCAGUGUGUCCUAGGAAACCACAUCCCUUUCUUGUCCAGGAUCCAGACAGCAGUGAGACAGUGGAGCCUGAAGGAUCUUUAAACACGCCCCCUGACUCAGGAAGUCCCAAACAUCAGUUCCAGGAGGUGGCUAUGGAUGAACAGCCUACCAGCUGCUCCUCAGAGGGUCCUGCUCACAUGGAGUCCAGCCUACCCUCAUCCAGUGUAGGAGAGGAGAAAGUUGUAGAAAGGAUAUUGAUGCCUCCACCGCCAUCACCCUUUGUGGCUCCUCCCCCUGUUACACGCAAGAGGCCGAGGGACACCGCGCCAGAAGACCCACCCAGUCCGCCUCUCACCACCUCCGCAUUACCGGGUGUUGAGGAAGAGGUUUUUGUGAAGAAGACUAAAGUGAACGUCGACACUUCUGGGCUUGUGCCCUAUGGGGGAGAUUCCUCAGACGAAGAGGAUGAGAGGACACACAGCAGUAAGACAGAAAACCUAUAACCUCUGUCAACCUCAUAUCCCCCCCCCCCCUCCUUCCCGAGAUUUGUACAGAGCCAUAGUGGCGUUUAGUAUAUCGACACAAAUCUCUCAGUCACAAUAAAAGGAGAAGUCCGCCCUGAAAUUACUAUUAAGAUUAUGUUUCCAGCUCUUUCAGGUAACACUUUCAGAACCUUACAGAGGUUGACAGGCUUAAAACAGGAACAUACAGUAUGUGAUAUAUUGAUUAUACUGAAUAGAUUGCCAAAUUCUUGUGCUUGACUCGUCUAAACCAAGUUUCAUAUUUCUUUUGUCCCCUCAUGUUCCAGUUAUUUUAGUUUUUGUCUCUAGAACGCAGGUAAAACUGAACUUGUGUUCUUUUAACUAUAUCUAUUAAAUUAAACACUUCUUAAGCUGAUGUAAAUAUAGAAAUGUAGCCACUAACUAGUUACAUGUUUGUUUGUAGUCGAAUGUCAUUUGGGCCUUUGAAUAAAGUUAAACUUUUUUCACUUUAGUCUGACUCUAAAUUUUGCCCUUAUCAAUUUUAAUACAGGAUGAAGAGUAGAUUAAAUCCAGCCAUUACACACUUUUUAAAGUAUGGAGGUACACAGGGUGGACUUCUCUUUAAGAGGUGAAUACAGCUGUAAAUUAAUGACAAACCUUUUUUUUUUUUUUUUUUCAACUUUUGUUAAUAAAGUCCCAUCUUUUCCUUUUUGAGUUUCAACAUCUGGCCUUGCUGCAGUUGCAGAUUGUUUAAAUACAUAUUAUAAACUUCAGUGAAACCUUUUCUUAUCUUGGAAAAUGGUGUGUGCCUGUUCCCAUGGAAUACAAUAAUAAAACGACUGCAAAAAGUG